AUGACUAAAACAUUUGUGAUAAGCGUCAAUAAGUCUGGAACAGAAACCGCAAAUGCAUUGAAAUCUAAACUUUUUGCAAAACUUCGACUUCGCCUAAAGACUGACACUGAUUGUAGCCAACAGUCCACAGUGUGGUUCACUAACUACCGUAUCCGACCUGACCCAGAUGUCAUUAACAAUAUCUACUUGAAUACAACAUUACCUCAAAAGGACAGACAAUUGUCACUAUACGAGCGAAUACAGCAUAAAAUUUAUGAAUUCCUGAACAAACCGAGCGGUCUAUUCGCGUAUAUCUAUCACAUACUGGUAUUCCUUCUGGUAUUCCUGUGUUUCAUAAUCAUUGUCCUGUUGUCUGUCCAAAAAUUUGCUGCCAUAUCGUGGAAAAUCAUGGAUAUCUUGGAGAAGGUGAUCAUCGCGUGGUUUGCGUUUGAGUUUGUCAUCCGUUUGUGGGCCAGUGGUUGUCGACAGGCAUACCAGGGCUGGAGCGGGAAAGUGCGAUAUCUACUCAAAAUCCAGUCAAUCAUAGAUAUAGUGGUGAUUGGGGUGUCAUUAGGUCUCCUAAAGGACCACGACGAUGACACGGCACAUAUCAUCUUUGGGGCAGCCCUUCGGGGGUUUCACCGGCUUUUCCUAAUCUUGCGGAUAGUGUUGAGAUGGGGUCCCGGAGCCGGUCAGACUGCGUUCAGACCGUUUAUGUUAAUGAUAAAAGCGUUGUACAGUGAUCGGGAUCCGUUAAUUAUGAACUUAUACAUCGGUUUAAUACUAUACUUAGUGGCCUCAUAUGUGUUAUAUUUAGUCGAAAGUCCCUAUAAUAGUGCCCAGUUUACAAGUGCCGGCGCUUCUCUGUGGUGGUCGGCCGAAAAUCUGUUUGCUAUAGGAGCUGCCGGAGUAUAUCCCAUAACAAUCCAGGGCAAAUUUGUUACAUCAAUAUCCUUAUUUUUGGGCUAUACUUUAUUCAUGUUACCCUCUGAUAUCAUGGGCGCCGGACUGGCCCUUAAAGUGGACCAAAUUGAGAGUGAAGUUAGAAAUAAGUCACAAAUAUUGACGGCCGCCGAACUCAUACAGUGUUACUGGAGACUUUAUCGCAAAGACUUGACUAACCCCAGGUCACUAUCCCGUGGCACAUGGAUUUUACGGGAAAACACGACUCUGAUAAACAGGGAUCAGAAAAAUGCCGUCCGAUUCAUACGAACCCUAAAUUGCUGUCAUACAGAGCACCGGCAGAUUAAAAACAGAAUACAGUUAUUGCAUCUGGAUAUUAAGGGACUGGAGGACAGACUGUUUACUUAUUCGCAUGAGUUGAAUAAUUUACUAUCAGUACUGAACAGAAUUGGCGCCAAAAGGGUUGUGGCCAACCAUUUAAGACUUCCCUCACAUUCAUUCCUAUCAAACAAUUUACUCUUCAUUUAUGAGACCCGUAGGCAUCUCAUCGCCAAACCCACUGUCAUCUGA